AUUAAAGUGCACCAGUGAACCGCGGAAAAAAAGUUUUCAAAUGGAAAAUAAGUAAUGUAACACAAAACACAUGGGACUGCGUUAUCUACUUUAUUGCCCGCUUAUUCAUUCUCUUGUUUCCACUUCAGCUUUUUUUCUCCCUUUCGGCAGUUUUUUCCGUAACUUCAAAAACGCAUCCACAGAAUACUAAAUUGAGUUUUGCUUCCUUUCUCCACAGGCACGUAAUGUUAUUUUUCGUUCACAGAAACCAAUUUCUCCUCCCAGCACAUUGUUAUUCAUGCUAGUGAAAACCAUUCCAGUGAUCGCAGGCCCCCACAGCACAACACGCACUCUCGCGAAAACCGAAAACGCAUAAUUUGCUCAUAAAUCACAACCCAGAACAAAUUCAAUUGUAUUCAAAUGUCGUCGUGUUAAACUAUACGCAAAGCCCCGAGCCGGCAUAAGGGCAGUUAGCAGUUAAUUUCACUAACUAGCCAACACACGAGCAUCCACAACGAUCGACGGUUGCAACCGAACUGAAACUUUGAGCUGAAAUUGUUUUCCCGGCGCGAUCGCGUUCGAUGGGACGCACCCUCUUCGACAGCUUAUACGUACCUAGCAUAUGUAUAGAGCCGCAAGGCAUGAAAAAACAGCUGCAAAUGGACAAAACAGCAUUAGCUACCACUAGAAGGAAACAAAAAUAGGAAGCUUAAAGCAAAAUCGAAGAAAAACAGAGAGAAAAACAUACAUUUGCUCUUCCGCGCACUGCUUAAAAGCCGGUAUAACAAGAGAGAAUUGUUAAUGUUGUGAGAGCGUAUUAGAGGUGUCAUGAAACACUACUUCAAACUAACAGUUAUGUUACUCUUAUAGCUAUAAAAGUUUAAGUUUCUUCCAUAUCUAGCUACCAUCCACAGUAAAUCAUUAACUUACUGACUAAUCAUUUUGUACAAGUAGAAGCAGGCGUUUGCAGCUGAGCGUACAAGAAAUAACAUUGUUGCGUAGGACACUCUUGUAAUCUACCAAAGCUCGAACUAUUCUUCGAAACGACAGCAGCGCUACUACACGGCGAGCUCUUCAAACCAUCUGACUUUUAUCGAGAACAUCUUGUUUUGAUGUUUACCUCUUGAAUAAUUCGACUGUUAUUGUUUCCUUAGUUUUGAAUUAAACCGGUAUAUCGCGAAAAACGUGAAACCAGAUGCUCAAAUCACAUCAAAUACGUAGUCUAGCGACUGCUGCCAAGAAAAAAGCUACGCCAAAGAAACCGGUGAACAGCCGAGCGCGCACCAUAAAAAACCUCAAUUUCGAGAACAAAUCUCUAUACGGAGCAGUGAUCAAAAAACCUGCAGCUGCAGGCGACCCACCGGAAGCAACUAAUAACUCAGAGAUUUCAUCAGAAAUAUUUUGGUUGCUUCAGAAGAAAAAAGAUAGCUCAACUUCGCAAAAUGUAACACCAACUAAGCUAAUUCCUUUCAACAACACCGAGUUGAGAUCCAUUCCCAACUUUCCACUGUUAACCUCGACCUCUGGAAUCCUUGAGAAUCGUUGGACUCGUCACCUACAGUUCGAGAACGAACAGUGCAAAUCCCCUUCGGUGAACAAAAUUCUAAGUGCUACUAUGCCCGAGCCAGCCCGACAAGCAUUGCUGAAAUGGAAAGCUGCGAAAAUUGCCUUACUGGGAGAAGAUGGGUUUACCGAACUACAAAAAGCCACCCUCGAACGCGGUAGUAAUUUCCACUCCUGUCUAGAAAGCUGGCUCAAUAUGGAAUCUCCAGGGGAGGACAAACUGAGGAAGGCUGAUAAACUAUGGACGAGCAUCGAACCGCUGUUGGAAAAAGUUAGCCGGCCUGCCAAAAUAGUUGAACGGAAGGUUUACCAUCCAUUUUUACACUACAAUGGAGUGGUGGAUUGCGUAUCAUGCAUUGACAAUCAACUUCACAUCAUUGAAUGGAAAACCUCGGAAAACCAAAAGACCAACCUGUCCGGUACUUACGAUGCACCGCUGCAACUGUGCGCCUAUCUUGGAGCUUUGAAAGCCGAGUCUGAAUUGUCUGACCUGGACGUUACGAAAGGAGCUGUGUUGGUGGCUUAUACAGACGGUAAACCGGCCCACAUUCACUCGAUCGAUCAGACCAAGCUGAAGCGAUACUGGGCAGCCUGGCUGCGACGGUUGCAGGAGUAUUGGAUACGAUAUCGUGACGAUAACUUGCCGGAUCCUAUUUGAUACACGAUGUUUCGUUUAUUUAGGUUAACAUAAACGAUCGUUGUUGGAAAGUUAGGAAUAAACGAAAGUUUUUUAGCUUAG